UGACUCACCCCCAGAUCUCACUCCCCAUUGCCUGGAGGUCUCCAAAGACUCCAACCAGCAUCACAGCUGCCACCAGUGUGGACUCAGAGUCUCCCCAGACCUCAAGAGCACCCCUCAUGAGGCCCGCAACCCUCCUGCUGCUGCUCUCAGGGGCCCUGGCCCUGACAGAGACCUGGGCAGACUCGCACUCCCUGCGGUAUUUCUCCACCUCGAUAUCCCCGCCCGGCCCCGGGGAGCCCCGCUACAUGGAGGUGGGCUACGUGGACGACACGCAGUUCGUGCGGUUCGACAGCGACGCGGCGGGGCCGAGGAUGGAGCCGCGAGCGCCCUGGGCAGAGCAGGUUGGGCCUGGGUACUGGGAGGAGGAGACGCGGAGCGCCAAGACAAACGCGCAGAUAUUCCGAGAGAACCUGCGCGUCCUGCGCGGCUACUACAACCAGAGCGCGGCCGACUCUCACACCCUCCAGGAGAUGUACGGCUGCGACGUGGGGCCCGACGGGCGCCUCCUCCGCGGGUACAGUCAGGUCGCCUACGACGGCGCCGAUUACCUGGCCCUGAACCGGGACCUGCGCUCCUGGACCGCGCCGGACACGGCCGCUCAGAUCUCCCGGCGCGAAUGGGAGGCGCGCGGAGAGGCGGAGCGCAGGAGGAUCUACCUGGAGGGCGUAUGCGUGGAGUGGCUGCGCAGGUACCUGGAGCACGGGAAGGAGACGCUGCAGCGCUCAGAGGCCCCAAAGACACAGGUGACCCGCCUCCCCACCUCUGACCAGAAAGUCACCCUGAAGUGCUGGGCCCUGGGCUUCUACCCUGCGGACAUCACCCUGACCUGGCAGCGAGAUGGGAAAGACCUGACCCAGGACAUGGAGCUGGUGGAGACCAGGCCUGGGGGGGAUGGAAACUUCCAGAAGUGGGUGGCUGUGGAGGUGCCUUCUGGAGAGGAGCCAAGAUACACGUGCCAUGUGCAGCAUAAAGGGCUGCUGGAGCCCCGAUUCCUGACUUGGGAUCCCUCUCUUCAGCCCCCCGACUCUGCCGUGGACAUCAUUGCUGGCCUGGUUCUCCUUGGAGCUGUGCUCACUGGAACUGCGGUGGCUGCAGCUGUGAUGUGGAGGAAGAAGUGCUCACAUAGGGAAGGAAGUGGGGGGCAUCAUGUCCACUGGGGGCUUUGAGGCCACAGGUAGAACUAGCCCUACCUGGUAAUGGGAACUACCAUUGUAAGAGCAGGAUGAGCACAGUGCAGGUUCUCUAUGACCCGAGCUGAUGCGUGAAGGAGGAGUCCAGGUGAAGGAGGAGUCCUGGAGCCCUCGGUGGCUUUUUCAUGCUUUUGUUGAGUUUACCAGGUACAGGGAAGGCAGGGGUGUAGUGGUGGGGUCAGGAGGCUGGCAGGCACUGGGAGACCUCCCAGUCCCCAGCAAGUCUUCACACUUGGUUUUUUUUUUUUGUUGUUGUUGUUGUUGUUUUUUUCUCUUUCUGGACUGUCCUGCGUUUUCUCGUGGCCUCUGCUUCUCUGCUGGUGCUGCUCUCUCACUUGUCCUCCUUCUGGUGGUUCUGCUGUUCCCCUGGCGUUCCCGUGAUGCCACCCUUAUAAGUGCACUCUCAGCCCAGGUGUAUCCCACCUAUGCAUGCCCACACCCUACUCCAGGUGCCCACCACCUGGCAUGCAUUUAAUAUAAUGGCGGGAAGGCGAAAAACUUGAUAUGGAUUUUACUUACUGUAGGGUCAGGAACAGGGCAUGGAGCAGGUUUUCUGAUCCAGCAGACCGGGUAAAGGAGGAGUCAGAGUCCUCAGUGGUUUUGCAGGUUUUUAUUGGGAUUACCAGGUACACGGCAGGCAGGGGUGCUGGGGGGCUGGUAGGCUGUCAGGCCUCCCAGCCCCCAGCAGGUCUUCACUCUGGGCUCUCCGGCCUUCUCUUGGCUUCUAUUUCUCUUGCUUCUCUCUCGACUUCUGCUGGCAUCCCUGUGAGUCCACCCUUACAAAACCCUUACAAACUCAGUCUUUCAGCCCAGGUGUACCCACUUCAGGUGCCCGCCAUCAGGCAUGCAUUCAGGAUCACAGGUUUCCCUCAUCUGUCCUAAUGGCAGGAGGGCAAAAAAGCCUGAUACUUUUUCUUUACCCUACACUUACCCUACAACCAUCCACACACGUGUGUUGGCCAGUCUGGAGGUGAUUGCUAACCCUUUUUUGUAAAGCAUUUUUGAAAAUGAGUCACAUUGUUCUCCUUGAUAAUUCUGGUGCUGGGGCCCUGAUUCCAGUAAAUGGCAGAGGAGGGGAAGGUUGCUGCUGAGGGCAGACCCAGGAAGCAGUUGGUCCAGUCCCCUCUCAUCUCCUCUGUUCAUAUUUCCUGGUCCUGCCGUAAGUGUCCAGUCAGUUCUGGAAACUUUCCUGCGUUCCAGACUUGGGGAUUCUGUUAGGGCUUCAUAGCCUGACUUCUCCCUGGUCUCACAUGGUGCUCCCUCCCACAGGAGGAAAAGGAGGAAGCUACACUGUAGGGGGCAGGACUGGGCCAGUGCAGGUUUUCUGAUCCCAUGCAGACCGGGUAAAGGAGGAGUCAGAGUCCUUAUUGUUUUUUUGCAGGUUUUUUUUUUUUUUUUAAGAUUGAUUGAUUGAUUUAUACAAGCAUUGGGUACAGUCAGAAGCACGGGAGGGUGAGAGAAUUCACCAGAGCCAGAGCGGGGAGCAGAACAGGCAGAAGGACCGAAGUACACUGCUGAGGGGAGCAGCGGGUGGCAGGAGAGGUCUGCGCGCCAUGUGGGACCCUCCUCCAGUGGCCAGGGAGCAGCCGGGGAUCAAACCGGCGCUGCAGAUGCUGUGGGCAGCUUCGCAACCCAUCGCUCAACCACUGCACCACUGGGGAGGCCCCUUUUUGCAGGUCUUUUAUUGGGGUUCACCAGGCAUAUGGCAGGCAGGAGUGCUGGGGGGCUGGGAGGCUGACAGUGCUCCCAGCCCCCAGCAAAUCCUCACUCUAUCUGGGCUCUCUGGCGUUCUCUGCUUCUUUCUAUGGCUCUGCUUCUUUCUUGGCUUCUCUUUCGGCUUCUGCUGCUGCUUCUCAGCUUCUCUCUCGGCUUCUCUUUCGGCUGCUACUGGCGUCCCCGUGACGUCGCUCUUAAAAGCACAGUCUCAGCCCAGGUGAAUCCCGUCUACCUAUGCCCACACCCUACUCCAGGUGCCCGCCAUCAGGCAUGCAUUCAGGACCUCAAGGAUCCAUCAUCUAUCCUGAUGGCGGGAGGGCAGAAAAGCCUGACAUUUUCCCUUACCCUAUAUACACUCAGGUGUGAUGGUCAGUGUGUGUAGGGUAAAUUAUUGUCAGGCUUUUCUUCCCUCUUGCCAUUAAGAUUGAUGAUGGAUCCCUGCAGUCCUGAAUGCAUACCUGAUGGUGGCCAACUGGAGUAGGGUGUGGGCAUACAUAGGUGGGAUUUAGCUGGGCUGAGACAGGGCUUAUAAGGGAGGCUUCCGGGAACAGAAUCACCAGGAGAAUGGCAUGGGCCAUGCUACCCAUGCUGUCUGACAAGGUCCGGGUUUGGGGGAAAUUUCUGAAAAGAAAACUCCAUAGCUGGCUCCUGCUAUUCCUUUCAUUUGUUUGUGGCAGUUAUAGUAACCAUGGAAAUUUUCUAUAAGCUUCAGAAUAACACAACGAGUGUUGGCACCAGUGCCAGUUUUGGCAGUGCACACCUCAGUAGUUUGAGAAAUGAGCCUUCCAACACAAUUGAUAGCGAAACGGUUCCCAAUAAUUCUCCAUGUCCUCCAAUUUGUAAUUCAGUUACCAUGAGUAACAUUGAGUUCUUUAAUAAGCCACCCUUGAUAGAGCUGUUGGAACCAAGCCCGGCAAAAGUCCCCACUAGCGAAGGCCCUGAGGCGCCCCGGGAGGCGAAAUGGUCCAAGAGAAACACCCCACAUACUGUUCCCAUGGUACCGGGACCCCUUGGUUCUAUAUAGAAAAUAGGAAGCCGCCCUCGAUCUUACAAUGCCUGCUUAGCCUUGUUUCAGUUACCUCGCUUGACCGCACAAAUCACGUUGUGUGCAGCACCUGUUUCUAUUUUCUGAAUAACAUACAUCACCCAGGGAAAUAUGUAACCGAGUUAAUGUAACCAAGUGACCAAGUUCAUCAUAGACUAGAAAAAUUAAAAAAGGACUGUGCACUGUUAAUGAUCAUUAAUAAUUUCUGAAACACUGUAAAAGUAAAAUCAAUCAUGAUUGCAUGAUGUAAGGAUCAAAUAAUUUCUGAUGUAAAAAUAAAGCUCCGCUGAGGUUAUCAGUGGGAGAUGUCAAGUGUCAGUGUCUCCUCACUACCUCAUCUACCUCAUCUCCCCCUCCCCUCAUCCCUCCAUUGUGCCAACACCAUCUCGUCCUGC